CAGCCUGCGCUUUACCACACCUGAUCUCUCUACAAAAUACAGAGUUAAUAGGAGAAAAGUCUGGAGAGGGCGACUGCUAUUGUGUGAUUGAUCUGAGAGUGAUAGCAAUGGCGGAUUCAUCACCUUCGUUCUUCAGGAGGCACUGGGAAGGCUGGAAAGAUUACUGGGGCGAAAGGUUUGCCAUCCUCGACAACUACGCCAAAUUUGUCAAUCGUGAUAAACCCAUCCCCAAAUGGUCUGAUUCUGAUGUUGAAGAGUUCAUCGCUUCUGAUCCCGUCUAUGGUCCCACUCUGAGAACUACUAGGGAAGCAGCGAAGUUUGCUGUUGCAGGAGCUGUUAUUGGAGCAGUAUCAACUGCUGCUGUUUCCUGGAAGUAUUCAAGGAGCCCACAUGGUGCAGCACUAUCAUUUGCUGCAGGGGGUGUGUUUGGUGUGACAUUUGGACAGGAAUUUGCAAGCCACUGGCUGCAACUUUACAGGCUGGACACCUUGGGCGCAGAGGUGAAGUUUUUGGAGUGGUGGGAGCGCAAAAUCGGAGGACGGUCUUGAAUGCGAAAAUGAAUGCUUGUUUCCGCCUUGUCUCUCAAGUCUCAACAAUAAUAAUAAAGAAUCGAAGUGCUUAGUGUUGAAAGCAUGGAAAGCUUUAUUGGCAUUCCUUCUUAGAUUUUACAUUAUCUUCCCAUUUGCCUCUGAGGGAGUCACAUUUUCCUUUAGCUUAACUCUUCUAAUGAAGCGUGUUGGUCUUUGCUGUUGUCUA